AUGAAGCUUUGGAAACGCUUGCUCGCAGAAAAAAAUCCGAUAUUCCGAUUGUGCCGCUGUAGGGCUGAGAUGAAGUGCCCCUCCCCCACCAUCAUCGAGAUCCUGGGCCGUCUUGGCGAGCAGCCGAGUUCCCACCAAGCCCCAACAGCCCCCGCCCCCUCCAAGCGCCUCACCGCACGCCAAAAAGCGCGCGCCCGCCUCGCCGACCCCCUCCUCCCGCGCAAGCUCCACCGCGAAAACAACGUCGUCUCGGACCAAUUCAUCGACUCGAAGCGCGACAAGCGACUGAUCAAACACUCGUCCUUCCUCUCGCGCGUGGCCAAGUCCUCAGGCAAAGCCACCACCAAGAAGCGGCGGCGGCCCUCCAAGAAGCUGGUGACGACGCUCGAGUCGCUGGGCGACGCGCUGGAGGACAUCCAGGCCGACAUCGAGGAGGAGGAUGCGGGCGCCAUGGACGCGGAGCAGGCGCGGCAGGGCAAGGUGCGGCACAAGAGCUUGAAGAGCCGGCCUGGGGCGCUGAAGCGCAAGGAGAGGUUGGUCAAAGGGGAGAUGGAGCGGUUUGGGAGGAGUUUGGCGCAGUUGGCGAAUAUCUCGGCCGCUGCGGCGCCUGUGUUAGGGACGGCGGCCGGGGCUGGGGCUGCGGCUGCUGGGAGUGGGAGUGGGAGUGCGGGGCAGGAGAAGAUGGAUAUGGAGGGGGAGACACAGACAGCGGCGCCGGCCCAGCCUGCGGCUACGUCGGGUCGAUGGGCGGCGUUGCGGGGGUUUAUUUCUGCGACGAUGGAGCAGAACCCGGCGUUUCUAAACAAGACGUGA